ACCUGAUGGUGCAGUAGAAAUGUUAUUUAAUACAGAAUGGUUCUGGCCUGAUUUAAAAGAAAUGAUUAUGAAAUAUGUUGUAAAAAAAUGGGAGAUAGUUAGAGAAACUGAUAAAUAUAAAGAAAUAUUAGAAAAGCCUCAAGAUUAUCCUAAUUCUAAAGAACUUGUAGAAGAAAUUAUGGAGAGAGUUAGAGAAGAUGAUGAAAGAAAAAAAAUCUCUCAAGAAACCACUUCUGUUAGCGUUAGCGCUAAUUAAUAAUAUUUUGGUAUGUUUGACAAAAAAAUAAUAAUUAUUCAUUGGACAGUUUUUUUUUUUAUUUUUUUUAUCUUUU